CGUGGUUUCGCGGUCGUGACUCCGGAAGUGUUCUGUCGGCGAAGCCCUGGCGAAGGCGGCUGGCAGCUGGACCAAGGAACCCGGACGCUAUGAGAAGCUAAGGCGCCGGAACAUUUUUUUUCUUUUUUGAAAAUGGCCUCUCCAUUCAAUGGCCCCACAGCAGUUUCUGAUGUAAUUAAAGAUCUAGAUACUCAGAUAGCUUUGAUUGGUUUGGGUCCACAUAAUCCAAAAAAGAAGCAAGACCUGGAUAAGCUGUAUGACCUCAAGACUAAAGCUCAGCAGAUUAUGAACCAGUUUGGUCCGUCUACCUUGAUCAAUUUAUCAAACUUUUCUUCAAUCAAACCAGAAGCAGGCAAUACUCCUCCUCAUAGUUCCAUGGCAAACAAUACCUCUGUAGCAAAGAUGCCUGGGACCCCUAGCAGUGGGGGGCGCCUCAGUCCUGAAAGUAAUCAGAUAUUAACAAAGAAGAAACUGCAGGAUCUGGUUAGAGAAGUGGAUCCAAAUGAACAGCUGGAUGAAGAUGUAGAGGAGAUGUUGCUGCAGAUUGCUGAUGACUUCAUUGAAAGCGUGGUGACCGCUGCCUGCCAGCUUGCACGGCAUCGCAAGUCUAACACUUUGGAAGUAAAGGAUGUCCAGCUGCAUCUUGAACGUCAGUGGAAUAUGUGGAUCCCAGGUUUUGGCUCUGAAGAAAUCAGGCCGUACAAAAAAGCCUGCACUACAGAAGCUCACAAACAGAGAAUGGCAUUGAUCCGCAAAACAACCAAGAAGUAACUCUGGGAAAAGACAGAAAUCAAAAAGAAAAAAAAGAGACUCUUCUAAGAGAAAAAAAAAGUCUGCCUCUGAAGCUGUGGAGUGUCCUUGAGGUCAUCUGUUGGAUAAUUAUUAUUUUUUUGCAAUGCUUCACAGAGAGCAUAUAUUUUCACAGUGCAGCAAUAAAGGGUUAUUAGAGAAGAUCUGCCAAACAUCAAUAGGUCUCCUCAUAUCUAUUCCCCCAAAGGAACUUAUCUUGAAGCAUAGACUUUUAUUUUCUCCUUCUAAGUGAUACACCGUGUCUAUGAUUGUCCAAGGGAUAAAAUAUUUUGCUAUUUUUGAGAACAGUAUUAGAAGUGGCCAUAGAUUUUUUUUUUAUUCCCCCCCUACUUGUAAUGUUGCUAUUCAAGGUAUUUGGAUUUCUUUCAUAAAAUGAAUGAGGGAUCUCAGAAGAAGACCACAGUAUUGACAGGAGUGUUUCAGUUGGAAACAAAUUUCUUUCCUUUUUAUUUAACAGUCAGGAUGGCCUGGGGGCAAAGUUGAAUUCUUUUUGUACCACAAAUCCUGUAAAAAUGCAGUAGAAACAGAUUUGAGCUAUAAAAUUAAAAAAGUCUGCUGGCCUAGUUAAACUGCCUUACUGUUCCCAAGAUAGUCUCUGACAAAUGGCUGUGGAAGUGGGGAUCGUUCACCCUUCACAUCCAGAAGUUUGGAUACAAUUUGUGGUUUGUUCCUUUUUUCCUGUAAGUGAGUGAAAUAUAUUUUUUGAUUCCCAGGAGGGUUCUGCAUUCUAAAAGCACACUUGACACCCAGCAUUUUACUGGCAUAGAAGUAUUUGCUGGCUCAGAUAUUGUGGUGCAUUGUGAAAGCUACUUCACUACUUCUGGAGGGGAAGGUUGUUUCUGAAGCAGACUCUUGCCGAAAAUAUAUGUCCUCCCUCCCCAGUUCACACUUGAUAAGCUACAUUGGAGCAGCCAAGGGGGGUGCUUGGCCAAGACUCUGAAUGAAGGAAACAGCCAUUGAUUUGGGUUCCCCAUCCUCAUUGUCUUUGGUUCUCUGUAUAAGGUCUGACUGCAUCAGCUUUGUGUUGAGCCACCCAACAGGGACUUUAAAGAAGAAUCUCUGUAAGUUUCCAUUAGUUGAAAAUGUAACAAUAAAUGAAUACCUUAUGUA